UGAGAAUAGUGACCUUUGCAACAUGCGUCCUCCUUAUACACAUUAAUACUUCAUGGUGGUGAAGCAGUGUGUUGUCAAAUGAUUAACUACUGGACUGAUAAGGCAGAAAUAGGAGAGAGAAAGAAAUUGGGGAAGAAAAAACGCAGAGAGCGAAGGAAAGAAAAACGUCAGAUAGAGAAGUAAAAUCAGCAUAGAUAAAGGAAGGACGUUGACUCAGCAGUUGCUGUUUGAGGGGAAAAAUAAGGAAGAGGAAAGCUCUGACAGUGUCCAAGUGUGUGCAGCAAGUGCAUGCUGAGUUUCUCAUUUUGCUGCUUUUCUCCUGCCGUGGUUAAAUGUACUCCAUGGAGGACACACAGGUGGCCAGGACCAUAGAGCUGAAUGAUGGCACACGAAUGCCAGUUUUGGGUCUCGGGACUUGGAAGCCCUCAAAUCUUCCCCGCACCUCAGUCCAGGGUGCAGUGGAGGCUGCCAUUGCGGCUGGCUACCGCCAUAUAGACACCGCUUACAGCUACAACAAUGAGGUUGAUAUUGGCAAGGCUCUGUGCUCCAAGACAAAGCAGGGCAUCAUCAGGCGCCAGGACAUGUUCAUCGUCAGUAAGUUGUGGUGUACCCAUCAUGCCCCAGAGGACAUCCCUGUGUGCCUGAAUAAGUCUCUGAAGGAUCUCCAGCUGGACUAUCUGGAUCUUUACCUUGUGCAUUUCCCUGUUGGCCUAAAGAAAAUGGGUGAUGAACUUUUCCCAAAGAAGGAUGGGAAGAUGCUGACCUGUGACAUAGACUAUGUGGAUGUAUGGAGGGGGAUGGAGGCCCUGCAAGCAUCAGGAAAGGUGAAGAGUAUUGGUGUGUCCAACUUCAGCAUCCUGCAGCUGGAGAGACUUCUUGCUCUGUGCAGGGUGUCCCCUGCUGUCAAUCAGAUCGAGCUACAUCCCUACCUGGUGCAGACAGAUAUGAUAGAGUUCUGUAAAUCCAAGAACAUCGCCCUGACUGCCUACAGUCCCUUUGGCUCACCUGCCAGACCCCCAGAGCUGUUCAGAGGAGACACUGAUCCACAUAAGCUCCUGGAGGACCCAGUCGUAGCAGAUAUAGCCAAGAAGCACCGACACAGCCCUGCACAGGUACUUCUGAGGUACCAUGUGCAGCAGGGUAUUGCAGUCAUCCCUAAGAGUGAUAAGCCUCAUCACAUCAUUGAAAACACAAAGAUGUUUGACUUCAGUCUGACUGAAGAAGACAUGAGAGCACUAAGAGGACUGGACCGAGGGUGGAGGGCCUGCAUGCUCGAUGAAAUCAAGUCUCAUCCGUACUACCCCUUUGUCUGAGGCUGCUAGGAGAGUGGAGAGAACAGACAGCACACUGGAUCUACGCAUACCAUAAGUGUCAGACCAGCUACACACAGUCUAUUGUACCUGCAGUAUCACACACUGUAAUUCAUCAGUGCCUUGUUUACAUAAUAACAAUAGAAUAUGAAGAGGGAAGACAAAUCUGAGGAUGAUUCCUCUUAUUUGCUUCUGCUAGGCCACAUUAUUCAAUAGCAUUUUUAUUUUCACUGUUAUGCAGAUGAUACACAGAUUUACCUCCCCCUAGAGCCUAAUUACAAAAACAAACUAACUUACCUCAGUAACUGUCUGAGACAUCAAAUCCUUGAUGGCUGCAGGCUUUCUCCAGCUCAAUGAAAAGAAAACUGUAAAUGUUCUUUUAUUUGGACAACAGCAUUUGACCAAAAUUACUUUUCCUCAUCUCAUCCAUUGGUUAAAUCCCCCUUAAAAUCACAUGCAAACAAAACUUGGGACUCGUAUUUCAUGAUUGAAGACAAACAAAUGAAUCAGGUAGAUUUUUAACUUAAUGUACUGUAGCUCUGCAUCAUCUCCAAACUUCAUUCUUUCCCUUGAUUUCCAUCCGCCAGUGGUGCAAUGUAACUAAGUACAUUUACUACGGUACUUAAUUACAACUUUGAGGUACUUGUAUUGUACUCAAGUCUUUUCUCUUCAUGCUUUCUAGUUCUAUUUCAUAGGCAAAUAUUGUACUUUUUACUCCACAACAUUAAUCUGAAAGCUUUAGUUAGUAGUUAAUUUACAAAUUAAGAUUUUUGCACACAAAACACAUGUAGUUUAUAAAAUACUACCCAACAAUAUAAUGCCAUACAGCUGAAAUUAUUAGCCAAUUAAACAUUUAAUUGACAGAAGUGUUUUGAUUGUUUCCAGUAUCUAAAAUGUGAGGAUUUUUGAGUACUUUAACUUUUUAUACUUUAAGUAUGUUUCCCUGAUGACGCUUACAUACUUUACCUUAAUAAUUAGUAUGGGAGAAAAAUGAAAUAUUUUGUGAAAUGGUCUGAAUGUUAAAAUAGAUUAUAUUCAUACAAUUAGCCUUUGUUGCCACUUAGUACAUAACAUGCAAAUAAAACCACUGUAGAUUGAGCACUGUGUAAAACGGUAACAGCUUGUUUUGUUUAAACGAUGCAUCUUAAAAAUGACAACUCGUCCCUAGAAGUUUCUUUCUGAAUGUAAAGGUCCCUGGCACAGAACCACUGCUGCAAAGCCCUUUGGAUCAACUGUGUUGUGUGUAAAGUGCUUUAUAAAUAAAGUUGAUUUGAUUCAGUGCUCCAAA